AGUGGCAACACUGGCUGCUUUGCCUCUGCGGAGCGGAUAAAACAAAUCAAAAAUCAAUAGCCGGGGGAUCGAGUAUCCACUGCAGGAUGAGCAUCGACGACGUAAUCUACGUGAUCUGCCUGCUGGCCUGCAUCGGAGCUGGCAGCUAUGUGAAGAAGAUUGCGGACGAGGGCCAGCGCAAGCUGGUGUCCACUGCGCUGGGCAUUGUUGUGGUUGUCAUUGUCUCGGGGCUCCACAGCCUGCACUGCUUUGUUUCCCUGGCACUGGGCACGGCCGCCGUGCUCCUGGUGCACCCGAGCAAGGGUCACCUGGUCACCUUUGCGGUCAUGUUUGGCUACCUGGUGUUCUUCCGCAUGUUCGACUUCUACCUAGGCAUUCCCGGCCACACCAACAUGAUACAAAUGAUACUUACACUGAAGGUUUCGGGUAUUGCCUUCGAGAAAACGGCCGCCUGGAAGCGCCUGCAGGCGCGCGACGAGCAGAAGAAGAACGACCAACGGGAUGUGAACCAGGAGAGUCAAAUCGAAAUCACCGACUACGAUGUGGAACUGCAGACCCUGAGUGCAGCUGAGAUCCUGCACUACAGCUUCAACUACAUCGGAGUUCUUACAGGUCCCUAUUAUCGGUAUCGCACAUACAGGGACUACUUUGAGAUGCCCUUCAAGACCCACGCUCCAAGUGUUGAAGCCACCCUGGAGAAGCUCAAAUACGCUGUCUUCUAUUGUGCAUUAUACCUGGCAACCAACUACGUGUGGCCACUGGAUUAUGCGUUGAGUGAUGAGUUCUUCAACGAUCGCUCCUUUGUGUAUCGUUUGUUGUACGUGUGGCCCACGUUCUUCACAUUCCGAGCUCGCAUCUACACCGGACUGACCCUCAGCGAAUGUGUCUGCACAAUGGCCGGCUUCGGAGCUUAUCCGGACGAGUCGGAUCCCAACAAUGGCGAGGGGCCGCGGAAGCGCUAUCAGCACCUAAAGCGCGACGCCGAGAAGCACACCUACAACUUCACAACGAUCGUGAACACCAGGGUUCUGGAGGUGGAGAGAUGCUGGACCUUCCGCGAGGGCAUGAAGCACUGGAAUGUCUGCGUCCAGUAUUGGUUGGCUGUCAAUGUGUAUAAGCUCUUUCCCAGCAAAAAAUACAGGACUGGCGCCACUUUGCUGUGCUCUGCCUACUGGCACGGAUUCCGGCCGGGACACUACUUCUGCAUCAUGGGCGCACCCUUCUACGUUUCCCUGGAGGACAUGUGGGAUAAGCUGGUGCGCAGAUCUGCCACCGGCACUAGCCGCCGGGUAAUCGAUGUUAUCUUCUGGAUCUUCAAGUGGUUCGCCUUCAGCUACUUGGGCGAGGCCUUCCUGCUCUCCUCAUUUGGCAAAAUCUGGCGGUUCUAUGGAUCGGUCUAUCACAUUGGAUACAUCAGUUGGGCGGUGAUGACUGCAUUAGGAUUUUACCUCACCAGUCAAAAGAAAGCGGCCGAACGUAGAAAGAAUCGCGCUGCAGAGAAAGCAGCCGGCGGAGAUGGAAUCACCGCCUCAGUUGAUAAGGAGAAGGCGCAGUAGAGUGGGCAGUUAGAUGGCAACAGCUCUAACACUCCUAAUUGGUAGUUUAAAUUCAAACACAACUUCCUUUUAGUUUUCCAAUUGAUAUUCUGUAGAAGGAAGUUGAAAAGCUCUUCCUGAAAAUUGUAUAUCAUGAUGAUCAAACGAAUUUUCUUCAGAAAAAUAUUGUUCUCUACGUAAGUCUCCAUUUAAAUUAUGUACAAAGUGGUCUUGUUACGCCUUCUACCCGCUUCCAUCCAAACUUCUUCUGGGGAAGGUGAUGAUAUUAAUAUGAGCAAAAUCUAGAUUUAGAUGCUAAACAGUUGCUAAAGAAAGAUAAUUAUAGUUAUAUAUUUUAACCAAAGCCAAUGAAAGUGGAGUCAAAAGUUAUAUAAUUAUUAAAUCCCAAUAUGAUCAUUCAAUUCCUAAUUAUAAGAAUUUUAAUUAUAUAAAAGGAAAUACACUAAAGAUUGCUUUUGUA